GUCUUCUUUUUUUAGUUUUUGUUUACAAAUUUAGCAAUAAAAUUAAUUAAGUACAGAACCUUAUAUAUACAAUAGUCACCCCACAUUGGUCAUCAAUCAUUCAUCAAGCAUCACCCUCCAUUUGCAUGGCAUAAGGAGGCUUGAUAACUAGCUAGAUUGCUUGCUUUCCUUUGCUUUGCUUUCUCCAAGUCCUCAUUAGCAUCACCAUUCUUACACGACUGUAACUAGCUAGCUUUUGCAGGAUAUGGCUCAGGAGAAGAAGGCAACAAAUGGAGUGGAGUGGAGGAUAAACAUAGCAGAUGGGUCUUCAAAGAUCUUGGUCCAGGAAGAAGGGCUUGUAACUAGAGCUUGGCUUGGUCUAAAGUAUUUGAUCUUGAAAGUUUGGUCAUUCUUCAAGAAAGCAAGGGAUGUUGGGGUAAAUGAUCCAAGAAAAGUAGUUCAUUGUCUAAAAGUAGGAACGGCACUCGCUGUUGUCUCAAUCUUUUACUUCAUGAGACCUUUAUAUGAAGGUGUUGGAGGGAAUGCUAUGUGGGCUAUAAUGACUGUUGUGGUAGUCUUUGAAAAUACUGUAGGUGCAACAAUUUGUAAGAGUUUGAAUAGGGUGUGUGGAACUACUCUUGCUGGAAUGCUUGCCUUUAGCGUCCAUUGGGUGGCCACUAAAUCAGGAGAGAGAUUUGAGCCGUUUAUUAUUGGAGCCUCAGUUUUCAUACUAGCAUCUGCAGCAACCUUCUCUAGAUUUAUUCCAUCAGUGAAACAGAGAUUUGAUUAUGGUGUCGUGAUCUUCAUCCUCACUUUCAGCCUGGUUGCUGUCUCUGGUUAUAGAGUUGACAAAUUGUUUGCAUUGGCUCAUGAAAGAUUAGCUACUAUUAUCAUCGGCAUUUCUUUAUGCAUCUUUGUAAGCAUGAUUAUCUGCCCCAUUUGGGCUGGUCGAGAGCUAUACACUCUAAUCACUACCAACAUGGACAAACUUGCCAAUUCCUUGGAUGGUUGUGUAGAUGAAUAUUUCAAUCAAAAUGAGAGCGACAAAACAUCUGAUAAAAAAUCACUUGGUUACAAGUGUGUUUUGAGCUCAAAGGCCAGUGAAGAGUCCCUGGCCAAUUUCGCUAGAUGGGAACCUGCUCAUGGCAGUUUUGGCUUCAAACAUCCAUGGAAACAGUACCCAAAGAUCGGUGCAUCCAUGCGCAACUGUGCUUAUUGCAUUGAGGCUCUUACUAGCUGCACUGGUUCAGAAAAUCAGGCUCCUGAGUUCUUGCAAAAGCAACUAAGCAAUGUAUGCCUGAGAGUGAGCUCCAUUUCCUCAAAUGUUAUAAGAGAGCUAUCAGAAACUGUCAAGACGAUGAAAAGAUCAUCAGUUAUAGACUCCUUGGUUGAAGAUAUGGGCAGUGCAGUUGAAGAACUACAAGAUACCGUAAGAUCUCUAUCUAAUUCAUUCAAUCCGCCAAUCGAGAAUACAGACACAAACUCUGCUCCAACAGAAACAGACAUGGCAAUCCCUCUUGUACAAGUUAUUCCAUUAGUAACUUUUGCUUCUUUGCUAAUAGAAAUUGCUACAAGAAUCAAAGGCGUUGUUAAGGCAGUUAAAGAACUAGCAGAUUUAGCUGAAUUCAAGGUGGAUGUUGAGGACAAGUGCAAAGAGAACCAACCCAACAGCGGACUUGCACAAGAUCAACUUAAAGAUGAGGAAACUAUGAAGACUCUUCAAAGGGUUUGAGUUCCUAUACUUCUUGGCUUAGCACAGGAAUAACACACCAUAACCUGCUGUGCGCUUGAAAUUUACAACUGGAAGGAGUAAUAUUGAAAUCUCACCCAAGUUGGAUAUAAUGACCUUUAUCUAUUGUAUAGCCUUGGUCUUAAGUAGAAUUCCUGAUGGACUGAACAGAAUUUAUCAGAUCAGACAAAGGUUGAAUACAUGUAUGUAACAAUCCAUAGAAUCAAAAUAAAUUUUUUUGAGAAAAUUACUAAAA